AUGGGAAAUACCAGCUCUACGCAACCUUCUAAAACUCAGAAAGAUAAGAAGGAAAGUCACGGCUGCAUUAUUGUUAGCGACCGAUCGUUAUUAAAUACGCAAAAGCGUACUUUGCAGUUUCGCCUUUCACGUAGCGCAGGUACUAGAAAAGACAGACGACCAGCGAACAGAAAUGGCAAAACAGUCGGCCAAAGUUCACGAGACUGGCAUAACGUUCGAGCGACAAAUCCUUUCAUCAUCUUCUUCUUGCGAUUGCGUAGCAAGAAACCGAAAGAGCAUGUCACCGUGAUAGCGCGAGCCGCGGGCAAACUCUGGGCCCGAAUGUCUCCCGAACAGAGGAAAAAGUAUGUAGAUCUUGCCAAUGCGGAGAAGAAACGACGCCAGGAAAGGAAACGGAAGAGGAAGUGUUUGUCGACACGUUCGAGGUAAUUAAUGUACAAAAAAAAAUAUAAUAGGACGCAUAAAUAAUUCUAUUAUCUCUAAAUGAAGAGAUCAAAGUAAAAAUCUAAAUUUAUGAUUCAAAAAAUUGAUAAAAUAUAAAGUCUAAGAAUUCAACUUGUACAAAUAAAAAAUGCAUAUUUCUUAAGAAAUAUAAA